AUGGCUACAUCUCUUUUACCGUCAAUUUUCGUACCUCUUGUAGGUUUAGUUUUCCCAGCUGUGACUAUGGCAGCACUUUUCCUUUAUAUUGAAAAAGAGGAAAUUAACUAA